AUGACGACUCCGACGCUGGACCUGCUGGUCCUGACGUUCAACUGCGCCGCAAAGCUCGUCAACGUGCCCGAGUUCGCUCGCCAUCUGCGGACAGCGCUGGAGCGGGAUGCGGCGGAUCUGCCCGAGGUGGUUGUGCUGUCGUUACAAGAGGUGGCCCCCCUAAAGUAUGCCUUCAUUGGGGAUUACUUCCUCAAGCAAUAUCUUGAGCGGUUUGGAGAGGCGCUCAAUCUCGCCGCCUCACGGCAUUCGCAGACGGGAUAUGAUGAAGACGCCUCAGCUACUGCUUCUUCCACCUCUGCCCUCCCUCUCGCUCACACAUCACGGUCAGGUCGAGGCAAGAACCACUUCACGCUCAUCAGGGCCCUCAACGUGGGAUACACGGCCAUCAUGCUCUUUGCCAGGCACCCGGACCGGCUGAGCAACAUCCAGCAGGCCGAGGUGGGCUUCGGCGCCGCCGAGAUGGGCAACAAGGGGGCCGUCGGCCUGAGGGCGCUGUACGAGGCGGGCGGCGGCGAGUCGACGGAGCUGACGUUUGUGGCGACGCACCUGGCGGCCAUGGAGUGGAACCUGCCGCGGAGGAACGCCAACUGGGGGGCCAUCAUGCGCGGCCUGACCUUUGAGAACCCGGAGGAGGUGCUGAGCCGGAUGAGGAGGGACGCCGCGUCGAGGAGCGAGAGCCUGUCGGCAUCCGAGGAAGGGGAUGCCUCCGAGCAGGCGCGCCUGCUCCGGGAAGAGCACCACGAGCAGGACCUCCGGCUGCAGCAGCAGUUCCACAACCUGUCCGUCUUCAAGCCGUCGUCGCACCUGUUUGUCGCCGGAGACCUCAACUACCGCAUCUCGACCACCUCCCCGACGCCUUACUCGGCGUUUCCCAACCUGGACCCGGGGUCUGAGAACUACUACACACACUUUCUGCAUCUGGACCAGCUGACUCGCGAGCGACUGGCCGGCCGGACCCUCCACGGCAUGUCGGAGUGCCCGGUGACGUUCCCGCCGACGUACAAGUACGUCGUGGACCCGAAGACGCCUCCCGCCGGCGACGAUAUCGACGGACCCGUCGACGAGGUCAAGUGGGUGUUUGCUCCGCACCGGUACCCCGGCUGGACAGACCGCAUUCUCUUCCUCGAGCUGCCCCCGUGGGUUGAUGCCAAGAUGAGGGUCCGCGCCUACGACGCCCUGCCCGUGAUGCGGACCAGCGACCACCGGCCCGUGUUCCUGCGCGUGGACGUGCCCCUGGUCUCGCCCGCCGAGCUCGCGCCCCCGGCCGCCGUCCGAGACAGCGGCGGCGUUGAUCCCCGCGUGCGGCUGCCGGUGGAGAUUGACCCGGAGGCCUGGGAGCGCCGGGUGGCUGCCCGGAGGCGCGAGAUCGCCGCCGGAUGGGCCAUGUUCCUCUGGAGCACGAGGCAGGGGGCGUUGAUCCUGGGUACGCUGCUGGCGGCGACGGCGGGGGGGUACUGGCUUUACCAGCGAUCUUCUGCUUGA